AUGUCGGGACCUCGCAGUGGAUCCAACAGAUUCUUCGAGAUCGAUCCUUCCACCGGAAAACUGUCCAGCGCUGCGCUUGAUCGAGAACAGCAGUCAGAGCACUUGUUGGUGAUAGUUGCACAAGACGGAGACAUCAACGACUCUUGCACGGUGCGGAUUACGGUGUCUGAUGUUAAUGACAAUGUUCCGCAGUUUGCGGCGUCUACGCUGCAAGCGAUCUCAAUCAAUGAUAGCAUAUCACUGGGCAAGGUUGUGUAC